CCGCCCCGACGCCUCUGCCGCCGCCGCUGCCGAAGCCUCUCCGCCCGAGGAAAAAACACCCGCCGCCCGCCCACGCCCACGCCCACGCCACCCACCGCCAAGGCACCAUGAGGGAGAUCGUCCACAUCCAGGCGGGCCAGUGCGGCAACCAGAUCGGAGCCAAGUUCUGGGAGGUGAUCAGUGACGAACACGGCAUAGACCCCAGUGGGAACUAUGUGGGCGACUCCGACCUGCAGCUGGAAAGGAUCAGCGUCUAUUACAACGAGGCCUCUUCACACAAAUAUGUUCCCCGCGCCAUCUUGGUGGACCUGGAACCGGGAACCAUGGACAGCGUCCGCUCCGGCGCUUUUGGACACCUCUUCAGACCGGACAACUUCAUUUUUGGGCAAAGUGGGGCCGGCAACAACUGGGCCAAGGGCCACUACACCGAAGGGGCCGAGUUGGUGGACUCCGUCCUGGACGUGGUGCGGAAGGAGUGUGAGAACUGCGACUGUCUGCAGGGCUUCCAGCUGACCCACUCACUGGGGGGCGGCACGGGGUCCGGCAUGGGCACGCUCCUGAUCAGCAAGGUCCGCGAGGAAUACCCCGACCGGAUCAUGAACACUUUCAGCGUGGUGCCUUCGCCCAAGGUCUCCGACACGGUGGUGGAGCCCUACAACGCCACGCUCUCCAUCCACCAGCUGGUGGAGAACACCGACGAGACCUACUGCAUCGACAACGAGGCCCUCUACGACAUCUGCUUCCGGACCCUCAAGCUGGCCACCCCGACCUACGGCGACCUCAACCACCUCGUCUCGGCCACCAUGAGCGGCGUCACCACUUCCUUGCGCUUCCCCGGGCAGCUCAACGCUGACUUGCGCAAGUUGGCCGUCAACAUGGUGCCCUUCCCUCGUCUCCACUUCUUCAUGCCCGGCUUCGCGCCGCUGACCGCCCGAGGCAGCCAGCAGUACCGUGCGCUGACCGUCCCGGAGCUGACCCAGCAGAUGUUCGAUGCCAAGAACAUGAUGGCGGCCUGCGACCCCCGCCACGGGCGCUACCUGACGGUGGCCACCGUCUUCCGCGGCCGGAUGUCCAUGAAGGAGGUGGACGAGCAGAUGCUGGCCAUCCAGAGCAAGAACAGCAGCUACUUCGUGGAGUGGAUCCCCAACAACGUCAAGGUGGCCGUCUGCGACAUCCCGCCCCGGGGGCUGAAGAUGUCCUCCACCUUCAUCGGGAACAGCACCGCCAUCCAGGAGCUCUUCAAGCGCAUCUCGGAGCAGUUCACGGCCAUGUUCCGGCGCAAGGCCUUCCUCCACUGGUACACCGGCGAAGGCAUGGACGAGAUGGAGUUCACCGAGGCCGAGAGCAACAUGAACGACCUGGUCUCCGAGUACCAGCAGUACCAGGACGCCACCGCCGAGGAGGAGGGAGAGAUGUACGAGGACGACGAGGAGGAGUCCGAGGCCCAGGGCGGCAAGUGACGGCCACUCCGCCCGCUCCGCCCUUAGCCGUGGACGAUGGGAGCUGCGCUCGGCUCCUCCGGGCUCAGACCGCGGCCCCGGCACCGUCCAUCCCUCGCUCUUCGUUUGGCUGAGUUUCGUAGGCAACCGGCUUCUAGUUGCUUCUGACCCAUGGGUUCCCAAGCAUCAAAGUUCAGUCUCUUCUAAACCAUCAUCCCCGUGCCCCUCCCAGUGGGAAGGAAAUAAGGAUAGGAUUGGGGUUGUUGUAUGUCUUUCGGGCUGUUUGGCCAUGUUCCAGAAGCAUUCUCUUUGAUGAACCAGCCUGGACACAGGAUAUUAUUUGAGAACACAGAAAUGCUGGACCAUUCCAACAACUAUCAAGUCAGACGACACAGAGAAGCCAUUGAAAUAGACAAGCAUGUGGACAAUUUCAACAGAAAGGAGGAAACCAUGAAAAUGAACAAAACUCCAAAAUCAAAACAGUAGAUGGGAACCAACACUCUGAGGGCUUGACUGAACAAAGGAUGCCCCCAGGCAAGAGACAAAAACAUUUCCAGUGCUAAUUAGGGUGAUUAAACUGAAACAUUAAUGCUGGCUCCCAGUGACAAAGGACUCUUGCCACACUCCGGACUCUACACAGAUAUAUAUUCUUUCCUUCCCUUACUUAGUUUAUCCGUACCUCACAACCUCUGAGGAUGCCUGCCAUAGAUGUGGGCGAAACGUCAGGAGAGAAUGCUUCUGGAACAUGGCCAAACAGCCCGAAAGACAUACAACAACCCUGUGAUCCCGGCCAUGAAAGCCUUCGACAACACAAGGAUAGGAUUGUCGACCCAGGGUUGUUGUAUGUAUCUCUUGGCUAUAUGGCCAUGUUCUAGAAGUAUUCUCUCCUGACAUUUCGCCCACAUCUAUGGCAGGCAUCCUCAGAGGUUGUGAAGUACUGUAGUUAAGUUAAAUUAGCCUCCCCGCAUUAAGCGGUACCUAGAUUGUUUUAUUCCAAGUGUUUAGGACUGUGCGAUGUAUUUUCGGAUGAUGUGCACAGAUCCCAGUAAGGUGGCCUUUGCGUGCAUCAUCAGAAAAUUAAUACAAUAAUUAUAAUAUAAUAUAAUAAUAAUAUAAUUAAUAUAAUAAUAAUAAUAUAGCCCCCCGUAUUAUCAUCAUCAUCAUCAUCAUUUAAUUACUUAUUAAUCACCCUCCAUCCAAGAUGCUCUAGGCGAUUUACAAGAUAAAAUUGUAAAGGAUAAAAAUACAUACAUACUAAUAUUGAUAAAAUUAACAUAGAUCAAAAGCUCUAGUAAAAAGCCAGGUCUUAAGUGCUAGGGUAAUAUUAUAAUUAUAUUAAUUAUAUUAUUAUUAUUAUUAUAUUUAUUAUUAUAUUAAUUUUCUUUAUUAUUAUUAUUAUUAUUAUUAUUUAUAUUCUAGGCUGGAGUUACACUUUAAAAAGAACCUGCUCCGACCUACGAACAGAUUCAACUUAAGAACAAUCCUACAGAACCUGUCUUGUUCAUAACUUGUGGGCUGCGUCUAUGGACAUAUGGAUGUAAUAAAUAAGAGAAAAUUCAAAGUAUGUUGUCGGAGCCAUAGAUUUCCAUGGCUUCUCUGUGUAUUUCAAUGGCUUCUCUUCACAAGCAUGUGGACAACUUCAACAGAAAGGAGGAAACCAUGAAAAUGAACAAAAUCUGGCUUCCAGUAUUAAAAAAAAAUCAGAACAGUAAAUAUGAAGCAACACUCUGAAAACAGAGGAGUUCCAGACAUGAAUCAAUCAGGGGCAGCUAAUGACUCUAAACAAAGGAUUCCCCCAGGCAGGAAGAAGCCAGGAGAUGAAGCUAUUCAAUGCUAAUUAAGGUGAUUAACUACAACAUUCACACUGGCCUCCAACUGACAAAAGUUCUUCUCUCACCCUGGAUUUUCCAGAGAUAUAUAUAAACCUUCCUUGCUUAGUUUUUUCCAACAGACCUCACAACCUCUGAGGAUGCUUGCCAUAGAUGUGGGCGAAACGUCAGGAGAGAAUGCUUCUGGAACAUAGCCAUACAGCCCGGAAAACAUGCAACAACCCGACUCACAAUGCUGUGCGAUCCAGGGAUUUGUAGUUUGGUGAGGCUCCAACCCUCUUUGGCAAAGAAGACUUGCAAAACUACAACUCCCAUGAUUAUAUAGUAGUCAAAGCGGCACGAAACUGCAUAAAUCCGACAACGUUGAUGUAAACCCACCCAAAUUUGGCCUUUCAAACCCAUCCCGAUUCCUCAAGAUCCCGAUCCAAAUCCCUGAGCUGAUAGAUUCUUGUCCUUUUUUGCACCGACUCUUAGGUACUCAUUCAUUCAUGCAUCGUUUGGUUUCGCAGGACAUCGAACGGGUUCCGUAUAAUAAACAACCCUCCUGGACAUUUAGGAAAAGGACUGGUUUGGAUCCACUUUGGUGACAAAUUAUGGGAUUUGGCUGUUGGAUCUCCGUCCUCCUUCCCUUUCGUGCCCACUGUACGCUUGGGCGCAUCCGACGACGACGGACUUUGAUAACUUUUGAGGGCCCUGGUUUUCAUUUUUUACUGGUCUGUGUCUCUUUUUAUGUUUUGGAAUAUUUAAUAAAUCUAUUGCUGUCCAGCA